GGAGGAACACGUCACGUAAACUUGCCUGGGACGCAGAAUAUUUCAAACUUUGGAUUAUUGAUGAGUUGAAGGCAGUUUGGAUCUAAGAAUGUCCAGACCUGGUGAAGGGGAGUAUGAACCUCUUGCCGACAGGCCUCUGUUUGGUGAGGCAAGGCCAAGGGAUAGGAUGAUGAACAUAAUGAUAAUCUUCGUUACAACAUUGUUGGUGUUGAUCACAUCAAUAAGUGCCUUCAUUCCCUGGCCGAGCUUCCUAGACAUUUUCUUCGUGUUCUGCAUUAUUAUCAUUUGCAUCUCGCAUCUUACACUGAUUGUGUGGUAUAGACAAGGUGACCUGGAUCCAAAGUUCAAGAAGCUCAUUUAUUUCAAUACUUUUCUGCAUUAUAAUGCUGUGCAUAUGUGCAAACAUCUUUUUCCAUGUUAAAUAAAUUGUGUUCACUUCU